AUGAUGCGCUUUUCACGCGCGAUCUCCCGGCCUGCCAUCGCGAGGAACGCGGCGAUCAAGGCCAACACGAGAGGAUUGGUCGUUGCUAGUCAGACGAGCAGGGCGAAGGAGGCACCAAAUUUCGGGCAGUACAAGGGAUACCCAGUUGUAGACCAUGAGUUCGACGCUGUAGUUGUCGGUGCUGGUGGAGCAGGUCUGCGAGCGGCUUUCGGUCUGGCUGAGGGCGGUCUCAAGACCGCAUGUAUCACCAAGCUCUUCCCCACGCGUAGUCAUACCGUCGCGGCGCAGGGUGGUGUCAACGCGGCUUUGGGAAACAUGACCGAGGAUGACUGGAGAUGGCACAUGUAUGACACCGUCAAGGGGUCUGACUGGCUCGGAGACCAGGAUGCUAUCCACUACAUGUGUCGCGAGGCACCCAACACCGUCAUCGAGCUCGAGCAUUACGGUGUCCCCUUCUCCCGGACCAAAGAGGGCAAGAUCUACCAGCGCGCCUUCGGUGGUCAAUCACUCCAAUACGGUAAAGGUGGUCAGGCGUACCGAUGCGCCGCCGCUGCCGACCGUACCGGCCACGCCAUCCUCCACACCCUCUACGGCCAGUCUCUCCGCCACGACACCAACUUUUUUAUCGAGUACUUUGCCCUCGACCUGCUCAUGCAGGACGGAGAGUGUGUCGGUGUGAUUGCGCUCAACAUGGAGGACGGAACUCUGCACCGAUUCCGCUCGCACAAGACUGUGCUUGCUACCGGUGGUUACGGUCGAGCCUACUUCUCGUGCACGUCCGCACACACCUGCUCGGGUGAUGGUGGUGCCAUGGUGGCGAGGGCUGGGUUGCCGCUGGAGGACUUGGAGUUCGUCCAGUUCCACCCCACUGGUAUUUACGGUGCUGGAUGCUUGAUCACUGAGGGAUCCCGUGGUGAGGGUGGAUACCUGCUCAACUCGGAGGGAGAGCGAUUCAUGGAGCGAUACGCACCUACAGCCAAGGACUUGGCAUCGCGAGAUGUCGUGUCCCGGUCAAUGACUAUGGAGAUCCGUGAUGGUCGUGGUGUCGGUCCUGAGAAGGACCACAUCUACCUCCAGCUCUCUCACCUCCCGCCAGAGGUCCUCCACGAGCGUCUCCCCGGAAUUUCAGAGACCGCCGCCAUCUUUGCCGGUGUCGACGUGACCAAGGAGCCCAUCCCCGUUCUCCCUACCGUCCACUACAACAUGGGCGGUAUCCCCACCAAGUACACUGGUGAAGUCAUUACGGUCGACAAGCAGGGCAAGGACCAGGUCGUGCCCGGUCUCUACGCCGCCGGUGAGGCCGCCUGUGUCUCGGUCCACGGCGCCAACCGUCUCGGUGCCAACUCGCUCCUCGACAUUGUCGUCUUCGGCCGUGCGUGCGCCAACCACAUCAAGGAGAACCUUACCCCCGGAAAGCCACACAAGCCGAUGAAGGACGAUUUGGGCAAGGAGUCAAUCGCGGAGCUCGACAAGAUCAGGAACUCGAGUGGACCGCUCGCGACUUCCAAGAUCAGGCUGGAUAUGCAGAAGGUCAUGCAGACGGAUGCUGCUGUGUUCAGAACACAGGAUUCGCUCGACAAUGGUGUCAAGCGGAUGAGCCAGGUGUACGACUCGUACAACCAGGUCGGUAUCAAGGACAGGAGCAUGAUCUGGAACUCUGACCUGAUUGAAACCCUUGAACUUCGAAACAUUAUGCAGAACGCCGUCCAGACUGUUGUUUCCGCAGCAGCACGGAAGGAGUCUCGUGGUGCCCACGCCCGUGAGGACUAUCCGGACCGUGAUGAUGACAAGUGGAUGAAGCACACCCUCUCCUUCCAGCACGAUAUCGAAUCGCCCAAGGUCGACCUGCAGUACCGUGAGGUCAUUGCGACGACAUUGGACGAGGCGGAGUGCAAGGCCGUGCCCCCGUUCAAGCGGACGUACUAG